CCGCCGGCGGAAGCCGGCGAAAUGAUGGAUCUCUUUGCUCUGAUACGGGGAACGCUUAAAUAUUGGCGUAGAAUCUACCAGAUGUACGAGGAGGAAGUGGCUCUCGGCUAUUGUUGGGCGGAGUACUUUCUGCAUCACGAGGAAGACGCGACAAACGCCACGAUCCCGUCGUCCCAGUCGAUCGACCCAUCGAAUUUUCUACCAGUGGAAAACGACGGUUUCGAAAAAGAGCCCUGGAACCAUUGGGGAGUUAUCGCGAUAGAAAACCGCGGGACGCGUUAUCGUAGCAAACGAUCUUAUGCGAUACAGAGUUCUACGAAGAAAGAGGAAAUUUUGGACACGUCGAGAAAUUCCAAGACAAUGUACUCGCGCAUAACGCAAAAGUAUAAGUCGAGAUGGAACGGACUCGAAUCGAAUUUCACGCGUAAUAAGAACAAUCGUUGUACGAGUUGCGCGAACUUUCCCAAGAAUACAGAAAGGAAACUUGCCGUUUUGACGGCGGACAGCGGCAAAGAAACGCCAAAAUCUACGAAGGAGAGAGAAAUUUCGAAGACUUGGGAGAAGAAGUUUAGCCCGUGCUCGAAACACACGGAAAACGUAGCGUCCGAAUCGAAUAACUUGUCCGAAUUGAGAUCGAAUCGGAGAUUCGCCGAGGUCUCGAGUAAUUUGGCAAAUCGUACGAGGAUAGGUAGUAGAGGAUAUCGUCGUAAUAAGCGAUCCUACGGAAGGCACAAUUUUAAGAAGAAAGAUGAAAUUUCGAAAAUCUUAAACAAGCGUGUUCGCGCAUCGUCGAAAAACUGGACGCGAACGAACGUGAAUUUUCGAUCGAUCGAAUUUCCUAUCGAUAGGCGAGAAUCUAGCUACAGCGAAACGCUGAAUUCAACGAGGGAAAAGGAGAUUUUGGAGAAUAUCGGUGCGAGGGACGCGACUCCUAUCGAGAAAUCUGUACACAUAGUUUCAAAUGCGAGUCUAGGAUCUAGCGUGACAAGGUUCGAGCGGAAUAGAAAAAAUUCAAUUUCUAGAUCUACCACGAACAACGGUCCUGCGAACUUUAUGAAAUCGGUAGCUUCGAAACUAAUUUCCAAAGUUUCGCGCAAGAAUUCAAAGACUACCGAAUGGAACGUUUCCGUUAAAAAGUCCGCGACUUUCGAUACGCAUUCGGGAACCGGCGAAGCAAAACUAGAAGCAAACGUGAAAACUCGGAAUCCUGAGAACGACGAUCCCGUAGAGACCUUGGGAUUCUUCGUGAACGUGGGUAGACAACUGAUGGAUUACGUGGACUCGAACAGCGUGCUCGCUUGCACCAAGGACUAUUUACUGGGCAAGGCUAUUCAUUGGAUAGAUUCGUGAAGCGAAGCGAAAGAGAGAAAGAGACAGAGAUGGUUUCUUUCGCCGGACUGGCGGAAAGUAGAGCGGGUGCAAUUUGGCCGAGCGAAUACGGCUUUAGACGUUAGAUACGAGGUCGGUAAAUGGAUUUACUAAGGUGAGUCACGACUGUUUGCUUAAUUUAAGUUUUAUUUUAUAGAUCGACCAUCUUACUUAGGUAACGUUGUUCGCGCGAAUCAAACUUUAUCGUACUCUCGGGAAGAUGGAACAAGCGUACCGAAUUCGAUACAUCUUCCUUCGAAGAACGAAAUACCCGAGUACUUUGCGCAUACGUUUUACGACUCACCUUAGUUACGGCGUUUGAUUUACCAGGUGCUUCUUUAUAAAGGUUAAAACA